AAGUUCUUCUGAUACUUUGAGCCAACAUACAUUAGUUGAUCCAGUGCUAAGAUCCUUUCACUAGAUUUAGGAUGAUCCAUUAUAGUUUCAUGGAGAUUUGAUUUGUUGGCAAAAUGGUGCAGUCAUAUACUGCACAAGCUUAAACUGGAGUGCUGAUGGGAGCACAUUAUUCUUUUUCUUUUCUUUUUUUUUUCUUUUUUUUUAUAAGGGCAAUGAUUAGAUGUUAGUAUAUUAGAGGUUAGUAUGUUAAAGGUGUUAGUGAGGGGUAUUGAACCCAAGACUUGAGAGUGCAAACCAUGGGCUGCCAUUUGGGGCAGCAAGUGGCCACUGGGCCACGGCACGUGGAAUGCGGGAGCACAUUAUUCAGUGGUUAUACAGAUGGUGUCGUUAGAGUUUGGGGAAUUGGUCAUUACUAGGAAGCAUUAGAAUAAAUGUCUAUCCUGUUUUAUCCAAGUUACAGACAAUUUGCAUUUUGUAGUCUUCAAGAUUUUGUUUAAAUUUCUAAAGGAUCUUUGAGGUGUUCUCUUUUGUAUUUGGAUAUUACAUGGAAUCAAGCCUUGUGCUAUUUUGCUUUGGUUAUCAAAUUAGAUAUCUGAUUGUUUGCUCCUAUUAUCAUUGAAUUAAUAAUUUACUGUUUG